CAGUUCUUCAGAUACUGCCUGAGCAUACCGGUCCGCAACAUGUAGUACAUUAUGUUUGUUAUUAAUUAUCUAAAAUAGGGAAGUAGGCCAUAGAUCCGUCCAUCCAUCCAACAUCAAUACAUUCGAGAAAUGAACGGAGCUGGGGGCAUUCCGCUUUCAACUUCGUUCCGUUUGUCCCGUCCACCGACCCGUCUGCUUCCAUUCACAAGUGGAACUGUGUCCGUAUGGAACGUAGGUUGCACCGCGGCCAGCUAUCUUGCGUGUUUUUUGAAGCGAGUUGAACGUAACCAGCUGGCUAAUAAACGAUUAAAACCCAUCAACUAUCCCCGUUGUCGUGAGGUUCGCUUCUCUGUGAAGAAGACUGCUCGAAGCUGAGAUGAACCAAUUUGAACAUCUGAAGGAUGACGACACGGAGGAUCAGGAUGAGACGGUGUGUAACCGGGAAGAAGACUGCUCCAUCAACAACAAUCGACGCAAGGUGGAGCAGUUCUGGAAGUUUUACAGUCACCUGGUGCGACCGGGAGAUCUGACCGGCCACUCUGACUUCCACCUGUUUAAAGAGGGAAUCAAACCCAUGUGGGAGGAUGAAGCUAAUAAGAACGGUGGGAAGUGGAUCAUCAGGCUGCGAAAAGGUCUGGCCAGCAGGUUCUGGGAGAACAUUAUUCUGGCCAUGUUGGGAGAACAGUUCAUGGUGGGAGAGGAGAUCUGUGGGGUGGUGGUCUCUAUACGCUUCCAGGUACGUAUGCACACACA